AUGCCUCCCGUAGAUUGUGCCAGUACUCGAACUUAUCCAGCCAGGGAUGGGGAUGUUGCCACAACAAAGAAGUCGAAUUUGCGAGCAUCAAUUGCAAGCGGGAAAUACAAAGUCUGGCCGCAGAGGUUACCUGAUCUCACUCGUGUAUAUGAGUAUGCUUUUGAGACAACGCAACAGCUUUCAGCAACAUUGACAGCGGGCUACGUCUUGGGACUCGACGAAGACGGAAAAAAAUUCCCGCUUACCAUCGGUAUUCGCAAGGACGACUCGGACAACAUGCGAUCUCAUGCGCUUUGA